AAGAGGGCUCAGCAUGGCUCAACACGUUGAGCAACUUGUCCGUAGCCAUUUUGGCUCAAGAGGCCCGUGGCGCUUGAGCUACGUUUCGAUUGAGGCCACCGCGGCGCGGCGCGGCAGCCAUGUCGGCGUACUAUGGCGAGAACGCGAACUACCAGAUCCCGGAGGAGCCGCCUCCUUCGGUUAUGUACGCAAUACAGGAGGAAAGGACCACUGGUGCGGCACGGCUGGUGGUGGCCGAGAUUCAGCGUUUGAAGGACGAGGGGGUCACAAUCCCAGGCAAGGGCGAUGCCGCCAGCAACAAGCUCGAGUACCUGACCACACAUAUGAAGGUGUAUCAAAGCAUCAUAGCAAUCUUCUCCACCCGCCAGUACCUGAUCUCGUCGAGGGCGGCCCAUGAUGAACGAUGCGCAGGCCGUAGUAUCCGACAACUAUUACCAGCAGAUGACACAGACUUUGCAAGUCAUGGAGAAAGGCUUCCGACGCGUCAUUGGUCUUCCAGAGAGUUGGUAUGUUAACCAGUGCAAGAAGGCGAUGGAGUUCGUCAUGCGCCAUCCAAAGAAGAUCGUUGGCCUAGGAGUCGCUGUGGUUGGCGGGGCGGUUGGUGCUUGCAAGCUGCAUUUCGUGAAGUACAACGUGAGGUGACGGCCGCCGCAGCGGCGGCUCGCGUAGUCGGUGGCCCCAUCGACCUCGCCUCGGACAGCCAGUACGUGGUUCGGGCGUGCGCCCAGAUCGAGGCCGGCGCUGACAUGCGGGACUGGGAGCAUGCCGACUUGUGGCACCUUCUGGUGGUCGCCGUGCGCAGCGGCCGGCUCCGGGCCCGCUGGGUGCCUGCUCACAAGACGCCUGCGGAGGCGCGCCGCCUGGGGCUGAGCGAGAGGGACCG